AUGGCUGGAUCUUUUAGAUUUAAUCAUCACUUCCUCGCAUCUCUUCUCAUAAUCAUAACCACACUCGAGUCGGUCCAUACAACAACAACAAACACAGAGUUCGUUAAAUCAUCAUGCACGUUCACAACAUAUCCAAGACUCUGCUUCGCUUCACUCUCGACUCAAGCCAGUCUCAUCCAAACCAGCCCCAAGGUCAUGGCUCACGCGGCUCUCAACAUCACAUUAGCCUCGGCUAAAGCCACGUCAGCAAUGAUGGUGCGUCUCUCGAGUAGCAGUCGGCUCACGCCGAGAGAAGUCUCGGCCAUGAGAGACUGCGUCGAGGAGUUAGGUGACACGUUGGAUGAGCUUAGGAAAUCGAUAGGUGAGAUGGGUCAGCUAAGUGGCUCGAACUAUGAAGUCUACAUGAACGAUAUACAGACUUGGGUUAGUGCGGCUCUGACCGACGAGAGCACGUGUACGGAAGGAUUUGAAGGAGACGACAUGAACGGGAAGGUUAAUGUUUUUGUAAGAGGGAGGAUUUUGGUUAUUGCUCAUUUGACGAGUAAUGCUUUAGCCUUGAUUAAUCACUUUGCUUCUAUUCAUGGCUAA